AGCUACAGCUACAGCCUCACAAAAAUACAACAUGCAAGUGACACUCAUUGCUCUGCUCUGCUGCCUGCUCGGCUCAGCCCUGGCCAUGCCGCAGCCCGAAAAGUUGGACGUGAGCAAGGCAUCGGCAUGGACCGAGCGUCCACCAUCGGGUCCGCCACCAGAGCAGCGUUUCCUGCUGGAUGGCGGCUACAACAAGGACAAGAACGGCCAGGAUGUCUGGGCCAUGGCUCAGGUGCCCGUCUACACCAGCGACGACAAACGUCACGAAUUCGAUGCGGUCGGCAAAUAUGGCCAACAUCUGGGCGGACCCUAUGGCAACAGCCCGCCUUCCUAUGGUUUCGGUGGCAACUACAGAUUCAGAUUCUAAGAUCUCUGCGAGAAUCUAAAGAAUUAUGAGCUUAACACAAUCGAGUCUUA